CCCUAAUAGUUUUAUGAUAACCAAAAUAUCCUAACAGCCCUGCUUUCCAUCAAUAGGAGGAGAAUGAAUAAACAGUAUAUCCAAACACUGAAAAACUAGCAAUAAAGAGAAUAAGAUUACUAAGACAUAUAACAUGGAUAAAUCUCAAAAACAUAAUGCUUUACACAAAAGAGUGCAUAACUGUAUGGUUCCAUUUAUUAUGGAGAUCUAGAACAAACUAAGUUCUAUAAAGGCAAAAGUAACCGAUGGUAGAAAAAUUCAGAGCAGUGGUUUCCUCUGGAGGAAUGUGGGUGGAGAUUUACUGGGAAGGGACCUGUGGGAACGCUGACCCGUGGGUGAUGCUUGGUUGAUAGGCUGGGUGGGUAGGUGUUUGAUUUGCAGAGGCGUGUGCAUUUGUCAGAACUCACCUAAUGAGGUGCUUAAGAUUUGUGCAUUUCAUUGUAAAUUUCACCCCAAAAGAAAAAAAUAUGUAAGUAAAUCCUGGACUGUACACAAUGAUAUGCAGGCAGAGUGCUGGGUAUGGGGGUGAAAGUGUACUGCGGGCUAUACCCUACUUUGAAAUGCAUUCAAACAAGAUGGGUUGAUGAAUGGAAAGGACAGAUAUGUAAUAAAGCAAGCAGAGUAAAGUGUUAAUUGUAGAGUCUAGGUGGUGGGUAUUUGGGUGUUCACUGUGAAAUUCUUCCAAUUUAUGGUAUGUUUGAAAUUUUUCAUAAUGGAAAAAAAAAGGAAAAGGAUUGUGGUACUCAUCCUGGGGUGUAUACACAUGCCCCUAUUUUUACUACCUGCCUAAAGCUCUUGCCCACAAAAGGGUAGAUAAAAGACGGGUCUUUGGGGAGUGAAUAACAGAGCUAAGAGAAAUAGCAGCAUCAGGGCUCCCGAUGAUACGCACUGGCCAGAGCUGUUUAUUCGAAAUCAUGGCUUUGCUAAACAGGGCUUCCAGGUGUUCCUUCUCUGCUCCUGGUGAGAAUAAGGUGGGUGUGCAGAGCUCAGCCUGGGACCGCUAUCUAGAAAGGCGGGGAAAUUCUGCUUGGUUCUAAGAUGCCCACGUAUCCAUUCCUUUACGCAUCCGCGUUCGUUGGCACCUGCCCGGGGCGGGUGAUUUCGGAGGGGAGUGUGUGGCUGUGGGGUGGGGGCGAGAUGUGUCUGCAGGGGACACAGCGCCCUCUCCUGGCCCCGGAGGGGCCCACGCGGGCCGGCCAAGCAUCCCACCGGCCUCUUCAGCACCCACUCCCCAGGUCUGCGGGCCCCAGGUUGGCCCGCCGAGCGCCGCGCGUCGGCCGGCGGAGACCAGCGCAGGAGGCGGCCCAGUGAGACCAGGAGGUGGGCGACAGGGUGGAGUCGCCGUCGCUGGCAGCCUCGCGGCUCCACCUGUUGCAGAGUCGGAGCGCGCCCGCCAGAGAAGGCAGAGCUCGGCGUGGACCUUCGGUCCUCACGCCGCUUGACAGAGCAGGGCCGGGCUACAGGGGACGGUCCCUACGGAACGGCGCGGAGGGGGCGCUACCUGGAAGCUGGUCCGCCCGCCGGAUGCCGUGCAGCGUGGGGGCCGGGCAGGAGGUGGGAGUCGGCAGACGCCGCCCCGCACAGUCCCCUGUCUCUCCGUGCGCCCGCCCUGGACCCGCCCCAGCCUCUAAGCCCUGGCAGCGGGGUCGGUGACUCCGGAGGCCACAGGCUCGACGCGACACUGCACCUGGACGCACCACCGUGGAUCUAUCUGAGGAAGCACCUCCAAAGCCAGCUGACACCCCGCGUCCUAGCCGUCGGCGGCUUGAGAAGUGAUGGUGAAGACCGAGACCCCCGGGACCCGCUUACCCGCUGGUCUCCGGGGCUCCCCGACCUUCGCUUCCGGGGAAAUUCAAGUCCAUUCGAGUUUGUCCCGAAGAUGCGCCACGCCCCCUCCCCAAUCUGAGCCGGGCAGGGCGCGGGGUGGAAACUGAGUGCCCGCAUCCACGCACCAAGCAGAGGUGGACUCCGCGCCUGGUCACUCGGACCUUCAGCGUCCAGGAGACUCCAAAGCAGGCGCGGGGUGGGGGGAAGGGAGCGGCGGCGACAAAGCGGAUUUGAAACCGGGAGUCAAGGCGGACGUGGCGAGCUGGCACCGCCACAGCGGUCGAGGCGGCGGCCCGAAGAGCCGCGCGGCCUGCGGGAACGCCCGGCGACCAUGGGCAAGCCGGCGGGGGGCCGUCCGGGAGCCGGCUGAGCGCCCGGCCGAGCUGCGACCUCCCCGGGGGCGUGGGCGAGAGUCAGUCGGCGCCCUCCGCAGUGGAGCGAGGGGCUGCCCUCAGGGACCAGGCCAUGGCCGGCCGGGGUUGCAGCUGGAGCCUGGGCCACCUGAACGAGGACAACGCGCGCUUUCUGCUGCUCGCCGUGCUCAUCGUGCUCUACCUGCUGGGUGGCGCCGCCGUGUUCUCGGCGCUGGAGCUGGCGCAUGAGCGCCAGGCCAGGCAGCGCUGGGAGGAGCGCCUGGCCAACUUCAGCCGCGGCCACAACCUGAGCCGCGACGAGCUGCGCGGCUUCCUGCGCCACUACGAGGAGGCCACCAGGGCCGGCAUCCGAGUGGACAGCGUCCGCCCGCGUUGGGACUUCACCGGCGCCUUCUACUUCGUGGGCACCGUCGUGUCCACCAUAGGGUUUGGGAUGACGACCCCAGCCACGGUGGGCGGAAAAAUCUUCCUGAUCUUUUACGGCCUCCUUGGGUGUUCAAGCACCAUCUUGUUCUUCAACCUCUUCCUGGAGCGCCUCAUCACGGUCAUCGCCUACAUCAUGAAAUCGUGCCACCAGCGGCAGCUGCGGCGGCGCGGGGCCCCGGCCCAGGGCGGCCUGAAGGGCGCGGGGAAGGGCGAGGCGGACGGCCUGGCGGGCUGGAAGCCGUCGGUGUACUACGUCAUGCUGAUCCUGUGCAGCGCCUCGGUCCUCAUCUCCUGCUGCGCCUCGGCCAUGUACACCCCCGUCGAAGGCUGGAGCUACUUCGACUCGCUCUACUUCUGCUUCGUGGCCUUCAGCACCAUCGGCUUCGGGGACCUCGUGAGCAGCCAGAACGCCCAGUACGAGCGCCAGGGCCUCUACCGCUUCGCCAACUUCGCCUUCAUCCUCAUGGGCGUCUGCUGCAUCUACUCCCUGUUCAACGUCAUCUCCAUCCUCAUCAAACAGUCGGUGAACUGGAUCCUGCGGAAGCUGGACGGCGGCUGCUGCCCGCGCUGCGCGGGGAGCUCCCUGCGCUCGCGGCGGAACGCGGUGGUGCCGGGCGCGGUGCGCAAGCGCGGCGCCGUCUCCAUAGAGACGGACGCGGCGGCGGAGAGCGAGGCGGACGCGCGCCGCCUGUCGGGGGAGAUGAUCUCCGUCAAGGACUUCCUGGCGGCCAACAAGGUGUCGCUGGCCAUCCUGCAGAAGCAGCUGUCGGAAACGGCCAACGGCUGCCCCCACCAGGCCAGCACGCUGUCCCGGGACGACGAGUUCUCCGGGGGCGUGGGGGCCUUUGCAAUAAUGAACAACAGGUUGGCAGAGACGAGCGGGGACAGGUAGAAGCAGGAGAGGCUGCUGGACUGGACGGGGAGCCGUGGGGAGAGUGGGGGACGGCAGGGUGUCCCCCCCACCCCCCCAAGGGCCGGCUCGCUCGCUGCGCCCUGGCUCGGCUGCUUCUGGGAGCGGCUCCUGGGAGCCCCCGCAAGCCCAGUUUGAGAACUCUGAUCUUGGCUCCGACCAACAGCCACCUUCCCCGGGCUGGGGGAACCUGAAGCCUCCAAUGCCUUUCUCCUUCUCUUUGUUCUUUAAGUUGGAACUCAGUGCUUUUUAAAAUGAACCACAAAAAAGGAG